CAAUUCUUAUAAUUUAUAUUCUAGAUUUUUUUCCCCAAAAAGAGGAAAAAAUCAAGCCAAAAUAGCCCAAAUCGGAGGCCCAUAUCUAUCGGCCCAUCUACUCUAUUCUACCUCUAUGUAGGCGCCAUAUAAGAUCCAUGUCAGCAACACCUAGGCUCCCAAUAACCAAAAACACACGCCUAACACACUCUUUCCUCAUCUUUUCACACUUUUGACCCCACAUUUUGCCAUAUGAAUUCAUCAAUUAAUGGUCAAGAUCAAUUUUCUUCUAUCUUCGGGAGAAUUCCUAAAUAAAUGCUAGCACUUAUUUAUUUUAUUGUUUAUUUUUAAUUAAGUUCCAUCCCUUUUCCCUCUCCCAUGUCACUUUCAAUCUCCGGCAUCUUGACUUUUCCUUUAUUUUUUGGUCAAUUCUUGACUUUCAAAUCCAUGCGUGAUAGAGCAUAUCCCACCAUUUUCGGGUGUAACCUGAAGGAUAUCACUGAAGAAUCACAUGAAGAUCGAAUCCAUCCAAAAAAGUUUCAACGUUAAAAUUCAAACUGAUCCAUUUGAUUUCUUUUGAAAUCCGAACUUUUAAAUUCCCGCUCAAAGGAACCAAGAACCUCAAUUUUACAUCUAUAAAUACUCCUAAAACUUUCAGCCAAAUAAUCUUUUGAAUCCUGGAAAAUAGCUCGAACACUGCCAAACCGAGUCAACAAGCAACUCUUUUUUUUUCCUGUAAUCUCAGUGUCUAUCUAGUUCGCUAACACCACUUUUCGAUCUUGUUACGUGGAGGGAGUAGAUUCGAAGCCUCACAAGCUCCAGUUCCUGCUCCAUAAAAGUUCAAGAGUACAAACAGAGUGUGCAAAUAUGUUCUCUUAGCACUCAGUCCAGUUAGUCUAGUGCGGCAUAUGUGGAUGGGACGAUCGAACGUGCCACUUGAAGAAAUUGAUCUAGAACAUGUUUAUACUUUUGAGCUUGAGACGGCUAGAGGAUGGAAGGUCCUUAAGAUUGUCCUUGUUGAGGGAGAGGAUCAUGGACUUGGUAUGAUCUUCUAUAGGCCUAUGGUGAUUGCUGCAACAAAUAGUGAGAUGUUCAUGCUUAUGAGUAACAUUACAGCACCUUUUAGGAAGCUCGAUACCGCAUCUAAAACUAUGCACAUGAUUGAGGCUACCAACAAGGCCAAAUGCACCAAUACGAUGAGCAUGAGAAGUCUUGGAAGAAGGAUGGUGGAGAAAAUAAUUACGGAUAAUUCUGAACCACAUUCACCUUCUGAUUUGGACUAUAUUGCCAAUGAUAUUUUUAGAAUCCGAAGCUCCUGUGGAUUUUAUAUCCCAAGGACUAGUACUGGUAGGGUCAAGAUGCCCUUUUCUGGUGAAAAAGUUUUUCUGAAACGUUAUGGCUCGGGGGGCUUGCAAAACGGAAUUAAUAUUUUCUUGUCUUGUGCGAUGUCUAAUAUGUUUAGCAUAUGGGGUGCUUCGUUAAUUUUUAACAAGAUGCCAGGGAAAGUCCCACUACGGUGGAAUAUAGUUGUUGCUUUUACUCCUUAUGUUUGUACUGAAAAGGCUGAAUUAUUGAAAAUAAUUUCCAUGGCUGCAGUAAUUUCUUAAUCACUGGUUUAUCAGG